AUGGUCAGCAAGCGCAAGCGCAUUUUGCUUCAGAAAAGCAGGAAGCUGAGGGACAAGAUGGAGUCCAAGGAGCCCUCAUCUGAGGAUCACCCCAAGAAGGGCUACGCCGAGGUUUUGAAGACCGAAUUCCCCUCGCUCUCCAACAACGCCCAGAUGAACAGCAGCGGCCAAGCGAACAUGUGGUCGUCAACGGCUUCGCGGAACUUGGGCAGUGGCCCUGUGCCACCGCGGAACCAGUCGACACCGUUGUCUGCUCAGACCGCUCAGGAGGAGCUCUUCACUCCGACUUCAGCUCGCCAAGGCGGAUUCCGAUUCGGUACUCAGAACAGCGGAGGAGCGGCGACCCAGGCGCCGUCUAACCCGGCGGACGAUUUCCCACCGCUGAACCGUAACGCGAACGGUGAGAUUGGCGGCGAGCGCGGUGUCAACCUGAUGCCCUCAUUGGGCUUUGGCAACCAGGCAAGCGGCGCGGCCGCUGCGAUACCUCCUAGUCGUGGCGCAGGAAACGGCCUGCUCAAUGCUCUCUCCGCGAACAGCAGAACCUCAGAUGACCGUUCACCAUCUGCCGCCAGCGGCCAAGGCCAGUCAAGAUCACAAGAAGUGUCUGUGGAUGACAGCAGACAGAAGGGAAGCGCUUUCCGCGAGGAGGCUUCUGGCGAUAGUUCAUCUCAGUCUGCCGAGAACCGCAAUCCUUUGGGUGCCAUCGGCAACGAUUCACUCACCGGCAAGGGCAAGGAGGAAAAGGACGGCCAAAGUCUGGAGGUGCAAGAUCCUUUGGCUGGCCUGGCACCUAUCGACAAGUUCGGCUUGAAGGGCCUGCGCAUGUUGAUGACUAACUACCCCAGCUACGGAGCGCUCAUGCAGGGAAUGGAUCCCAACGAGUUCGGUCUCAAUGUCAACUCUUCAGAACUCAUCUCAACCCAGAUCUACUCUCUGUUCGAUGACACGCCUCCCCGGCCCGCGAUUCCCAACGUCCGCCUCCCUGAGUGCUACAAGGUGACGAAUGUGCAGCCUAUCGAGACAAAGAUCCCGUCGUUCAACGAGGAAACCCUCUUUUGGAUCUUCUACAGCUGUCCUCAAGACAUCAAGCAGCACCUGGCUGCGCAGGAAUUGCACACACGGAACUGGCGUUGGCACAAGAAACUGCACUUCUGGCUGACCAAGGACGAGCUCAUGAUGCCCGCUAGCCUUGGCCCGAACCACGAGCGCGGUUACUACAUAAUCUGGGACACUAUCAGCUGGCGUAAGGAGCGGAGAGAGCUUACUCUUCACUACGGCGACUUGGAGACGAACUUGGCACCGGCAGCAUAA